AUGAUUUCUAACCACAGUACUAGCACUUCCAAAAACUACUUCCAGUUCACAAACUGUGACACAAUUUUUGGAUCAUUUGAAGGAACUUGGGAAAAGCUGUCCCAGGUCGCUGUCAAGGGUGCUGAAUUACUAAAUGACCAAGAGAAAUAUCAACUCAUUUGGCUGCAUGGCACAGCAGGCGUCAGAAAGUCUGCUGUUGCUUUCACUGUGGCUGAAAUGAUGAGAGAUCUCAAAGUGACAGAGGAGAUGCAUGUCAAAAAGUGGCUUGCAGGAACAUUCUUUUUCUCACAAAAACACACAAAAUGCUGCACCACUGGCUAUUUCUUUGCGACACUUGUCUACCAACUUGCCAGCAAUUUUCCCAGUAUCUGGAAGGAUGUCAACAGAACCAUCCAGGAUAACCCUGCUCUUCUAGACCCUGAUAAGUCUCUUCGUGAUCAGGUGGAGGCAUUGUUCAUCCAACCUCUCCGGAGGCUUCAAUUGAGACUGCGUGGGUGUUUGCCUUUGGUAUUUGUUGUUGAUGCUCUUGAUGAAUGCAUGUCUGAAACCAAGCUUGUUGAUCUCAUACUUUACCUUGCACAGGCUCUUCAUAUACCUGAUCUCCCCAUGGUCCACAUUCUACUUAUGGGUUGCUCAGAAUUGCAUAUCUGUAAAGCCUUUCAGAAUGUCAAAGUGCACUUGCAGUUAGAUGGUGCAGAUGUUGACAAGGACAUCUAUAUUUUCUUGCAUCAUUCCUUCACAGAGCUACAAAGUCACCAUCCUGAUUUUCCCCAGCCAUCAAGGGAUGAGCUUGAGCAGCUGGCCAGCCGAGUGGGCAGAUGUUUCAUCGUGGCAUCUACAAUGAUGAAGUUUAUUGAUGAUGGAGACAAUGAUCCGCACGAGCAGCUUCAAGUCAUGCUGGAUCUAGCAAGUGAAUUGCUACCAGGAAUGGAGGUGUACAAGUUGUACAACUGUAUCCUCUCUACAUGCACUGACCCCAAGCGGGCAUACCAGCACUUGUCCAUCAUCACUGCCCUCACAGAUCCUCUGCCAAUUUUACAACUUUCAAAACUUCUUGGCCCUGGUCUAGGCAGGGACAUUGAGACAACACUGGUGCAGCUAUGGUCUGUCAUGGAUAUCCCUACCAAUGGCAAUCUCCCUGUGAAUAUCUAUCACUUGUCCAUUUCAUCCCAUCACCCUGCUCCCUACUUGCUCACUCCUCUUUCCACUUGA